AUGGAGACUGUCAACAGAUACGUCAGCGCAGCUUCAAAUGUAAUUUGGGGCGAGAAUAGCUCCCCUCACGCCCAACAACACGGCGAAGAGCCCAUCUCCGGCGUGCAAGGCAAAGGACAGGCUACAGAUCCCUAUGAUGGCGGCAACCGCGAUGAUCGCCACAUUACUACCUACGGCUCCAAAAAACAUAAAUGUCCAAUAUAUCUGACACCUCACCCCGCAGAACAACCCGGCGCAAUCCAAUCAGACGUCAACACGGCACCCCUGGGAUCCCUGCUAAAGAAGAGGCAUUCAAAGUCCCAAGAAACCGAGAUUACUAGCAUCACUACUCCACGCCCCCCAACAUCCAUUACUGCCUGUACCAGCAUCACCCCCGCUCUACCCAUCUCCGGUGACCCUACCACAGCCAGUGGAAGCAGUGACAACAACACCUCCAAACAAGAACAGCGCAGCAUCUCGCAAGCUGAAGGUGGCGAGAGCAGCGAAGCCCCCCCGCCUAGCUCGUCCCCAGGACAGGCGCUCCAGGGCCCGCAGGGUGCCCCGAGGGCUGCUGAUGACUUUGAGAAGGAUUAUAGGACCAUGAAGUCUGCAGGUAGGGAUGAGGAUAGUGAGAACGGCUCUCCAAGUGAAUCUAGCGGGAAGAGCAAUGGAUCCCCUUCUAGCAACGGGGUUGAGCCUACUUCUCUUGGUAGCGAGAAGAGUGGGAGGAUCUCGAAGGUGAAGGAGAGCGUUAAGAGGCAUCUCCAUCACUCGAGCAAGUAA